UUUCCACCAACCCGGUGAUGAGGGUUUUGUUCGACGUAUCGCAACAAGGCUGGCAUCAUAACGAUUCUCUAACACCAUAACAUUGUCUACUAGGACAGGAUGCGCCUUAUCAUAGUAGUCUUUCUUUUCCUUGGAGCUUCGUCGGCUUCUACUGUAGGGAGUGAUGGCCCUUCGAAAGUACAGGCCGCGACGCCUGACCGGAUUUUAGCGGCACGGCAAAGCUGUUGUUCAAAAGAAUCUGGCGUAUGCGUUUGUUGGGAAAAGACGCGCUGCUGCGGACAGAAUCCAGGUCCCUAGGCACUAUAGUUGUAGAAUACCUCAGGCGGAAAUUCCGCUUCCGCAUCAAGGACAUUGCUCUUAUGCAGAGGCUUCUAGAUAUAACGGUUCUAAUCUGUUAGUAAAUACACCGGGUAUCUGUACAUACAGCGGUGUGAAGCAACGAAGGCUCGUAAUAUUGGUCUACUGAUAGUAUUGCUUAUUGAGGGGAAGAAAGAGGGAGGUUAUUGCCAGAGCCGUUAGAAGCCGAUAUGUAGCCUUCCAGGCACACAACUCAUCCGGCCGGCGGCCGGACAGCUAAUGUUUCACGUAAACCCAUAAGACAGAUCUUGUUACGACCCGUUAGACAAAACAGGAUCAGGGAGCGCCCCGCAGGGCACCUGGCGGCUAC